AUGAAUACUGCGUACAAUUCUUUGCUGGACCCGGACUCAUUGCGACAAGGAGCUGAGGCCAAAUUGUACGAUUGUGUUUAUUUGGGGAAACCAGCUAUUCUAAAAGAAAGAUUUUCAAAAAAAUACCGGCAUGAAGAGCUUGAUAAACGGCUAAAUUUCGCUCGUUUACGCGCAGAAAUCAGAGGAAUCAAUAAAGCCCAGCAGGUAGGCGUGAAAGCGCCUGCAAUUUACUUUGUCGACACAAAUAGACACAUACUGAUUAUGGAACGAGUUGAAGGGCCAACGGCAAAAGAUUGGAUUGAGAGCCAGCGACAACGUGCCGAAGAAGAGUUCAAGGUUCAAGCAAAGUUUGGAGAAGUUCUUGGUGGCGAAAUUGCAAAGAUUCACCUUUCUGGCCUGAUCCACGGUGAUUUAACAACGUCAAAUAUGAUUGUUAAAAACGGUGAUCCAGGCAACCUACAUCUCAUCGAUUUCGGACUCGCAAAUUCGGGCAAAGUAAUCGCUGAAGACAAAGGCGUCGAUCUAUAUGUGCUAGAACGGGCUAUUCAAGCAACGCAUAUCAAUUGUGAACACAUCGUCGAUGCCAUACUUAAUGGUUAUAAAUCCGUAAAUGCUAAACAAGGAGAAGCUGUUAUGGCAAGACUAAUUGCAAUUCGACUACGAGGACGUAAAAGAGAUAUGGUUGGA